AUGGGCUGUGAUGGAGGAACCAUUGUUCAGAGGAGAGACCUCAUUGUAAAAACAAAAAAGGAAGAAAAGAAGGCUGAUAAAGAAUCUGUAAAUUAUGCUGCUUGGAAUUUAUGUCGGUUAACAAAGGAAAAUCUUUCCGAGCCUAUUGUUGUGGAUAAAAUCGGUUAUUUGUAUAACAAGACGAGUUUGUUGGAAUGUUUGGUGGAUAAGAAACAAAAGAAGAAACAUGAAUCGGUGAUUGGACAUGUUUCAAAAUUGAGUGAUUUAUUGGAGGCUCGAUUGGAGAAGAAUCCAAAUUUUGUGGAGGAGCCUUCCGAUGAUCAAACAACCAUUGAUAAAACAUCUGUAACGAGGAGCGGAACAGCAAGAUUUAUUUGUCCUGUAACAAAGGAGGAAAUAAGAGGACAAUUUCCGGUGUAUAUUAUUAAAUCAUGUGGACAUGUGAUUAGUGGCGAGGCUUUGGAUUUGGCCAAAAAGGAUGGAUAUUGUAUGCUUUGUGAAAAACCUUUUAAUGCAGAUUCUGAUGUGAUGAGAUUGAAUCCGGAGCCUGAGGUUGCAAAUCAAUUAAUAGAAUCACUCAAAUCAUCGGCGUCAAAUGAAAAGAAACGAAAACAAAAAUCAUCAAAAGAGGAAAAACAAAAGAAGAAACAAAAAGAGGAUAAGAGCUCAACACUCGUGGUUCCUACAAACGCCAAUCCAGAAGUUUACAAAUCCAUAUUCAGCUCAGCAUCGAACGAGUGA